UUAAUGAUUAAUGAGAGAGAGGGAGUAGGUGAGGUAACGGUAACAGCCGAUUGCCCAAGGUUUGAAUUGCUACACCUCAGUAACUACACCGCUCUGUCCUGUCCCGAACAUGGGGUGUACGUGUGGAGGGGCGUGAAAAGUCGGUGGCUUCUGGAUUUCCUUUCAGGAUAUUCCUCACCACAUUUUCUGCGUAUUCCAGGAGGAACAAGGGAAAGGUGUCGCUUCCUGGGGGGCGCAUGGUUGUCGUCGUUCGGGCGCGUGACUUGCAAGGAAGGGAACCCAAACAAGUUUGUGCAACCUACACCGUACUAUAGUGGUGACCCCGCGCGGUCGUGUGUUGAUUUCGCCUUUGAACAUCAUGCAAGUGCAAGUUGGAUCACCACCUGAUCGAUAACAUUUCUGAUUGGAAUUUUUGUAAAAUUGACGUAUACAGAGAGGAUAUAUAAUACGUCGAGCUAUGCCUUUUCCAAAGAGGAGUGUAAAGCCCGAAGCGCUCGGGGAGAGGCCCGGUACAGGCCCGGGAGCGCAGGUCGGUCCGGCGGCGGUGUGGGACGACCUGGACGCCGUCACCAACUCCAUGCUGGCCGGUACCCUCCGCCAGCUCGCCGAUCUCCUCAAGAACGCUACCGACAUCUUCGAUGAGCUCGACUCGGAGCUACACGGAGUCGCCUGCCGCUCGGAGAAGCUUCUGACGAGGAUUGAAAACGUGGAAGACAAAGUGAAGGGGUUAGACGCCCGAUCCGUUCCAAUCCCCCUCACAACGCUGGAUGCGGUGGCCAAGCUGCACGAACACCACCACAACGACUACGUGGUCCAGACGGAGCUGUUCCAGCCGCCGACCAGGCCCGAGUGCGUCAAGACAAUCCACGAAAAUGCGCGAAAGAACCUACGGGAGGUUCUGAGGACUUGUGACAAAUAUCGGAACGAUGGGAGGCCGUCGUCCCGGCUGUAUUCCACAGGACCGGUGUUUGCUGACCUUAAGCCAGCGGACAACUCCGAUGACUGGGAAGAGUAUAAGGACUCCACGGAUGCAGGAGAUGAAUCAAGCAUGGAUUCCCGAGCCUCGUACAUAAAACAGGAGCGAAAAUGGCAGGAGUUGCAGCGCGUCCCUACGCGUCCGCGACCGAAGUCUGGGGAGUACCGGCUGAACACGCUGGACAUCCAGACCAACCAGCCCAACCAGCCCCUCCCCACUCCCGAGGAGGCUCUUCGCAAAAGCGCUGUCCCCUCCGCCGUGGUUCCUGUUGAUGUAUCGGGGUCCCUGUUUGACCGUAUGUCCAGGUACCGCCGCUCGCUGAUCCAUCAGACCAGCCCCGAGACGAGGAGGAGAAAGAAGAAGCGUAGCAGCAGCGAGCGGAGGCGGCGUAGACAGACCGUUACAGGUGUGCCAGAGAAUAUCAAGAAGGAGCUGAGUCUGGUCAGACAGAAGAGCCAGCGCAGCAAUCGGUCCAUGUACCUUAAUGACACCAUCUCUUCCAUGGAUGAGACGACCACGGAGAUCCCCAGCUCGCCCGAGCGCAGGAACCGAAGUCUGGAGAGGGAUUCGCACCAUCGUUCUCGCAGGAGGACGCGGUCAAAUCGGUCCAAGACGGUGGCACAGAUUCAUCUCCCACCAGAGCUGCUGAAAGUGCCUCAAGUUGACGAGAUGACACAAACAGAUACAGGAGAAGGGGUACCGGGUGGGACAAAACCGUCACAGAGAGACAUACAAACAGCUACAGAGAACGGAGAAUCAUCCGCGGAGAGUACAUUCGCUUCCUCUCCACUCUCGGCAACCCAGCAUCCAAACGGUGGCAUUCCUCCUCUCACUGCAGAUAACACUGUUCUGAGGAAAAGUCAGCCGUGGGUUGCUUCGUCAGCCACUCGGCCACGCUCCCUGGAGAUUGAGCCCACAGAGCUGAAACAAGUGGAGGUCAGCACUAACAUCCCAGGAGUCAGCAGCUCUCAGCUGUCCAAUGCAGCGCUCACCAUGUCAGCCACUACUGUCUCCAUCCACAACAAGAAUACGGAGCAAGUUUACCUGUCUGACAGCAGUACACUUACUCCGUCCCCCAUCUUUGGCUCACCCAUUGCCCAUGCUGUGGUACAGAUGAGGAACAGAAAGAACGAACAAGCAAAGGAGGAAAACCGGUCUUCCUCUGGUAACUGGAGCGGUACGAGCAGCGCUCGUCACUCGAUGACUUCCGACACGAUCCUCCGUGCGCACACGAGAUCCAAGUGCCUGUUGAAAUCCACAACACCACAUCUUUCAAAGAUACGCAGCCCAACAAAUCCAACCUACAGAACUGCCACUCUGCCAGUGACUCUGCCCUGUCCGUUAAUGACCACCACGAGACCGAUUCUCUGUCAUCCGCCAUGUUUGGUGAUGAGAGCAGGCAAAACAAGCUAUAACACAGACACGAUGAGCUCUCAGGGCACCCUUAGAGACUUCUCUGAUAGUACCCUGAAGAAUCAAUCUGGUUACUCAAGUUCAACAACAACCAGGUCGGUAGUGACGCCAUCACAGGAGUUGCAAGCAGACUUCACUGCCAUGGAUUCCGAGGCUUGGUUGCGAGCGGUGACGGAGGAUGCGAAGAACCGUUCCUUAUCACAAUCAUCCAAUGACACGGCAGGAUUCGGGUGGAGCUGGAGGGACGUAGACAUGAGCGACCGACAAAGCGUGAACUCUUCCAAGGAUGACUCCUCGGUGUACUCUGUUGACCAAGAUGGCUAUUACACCUCCUUCCAUCUUGACUCGGGUCUCAAGACAUUCGAAUCAAGCCAAGACUCAGCCUUGCAAAGUUCUCGAGUUAAGCGUCAGCUUACAUACGAUGGCAGUGGAUUCACUGAAGGCAUGUAUGAUGAGAUGAUGGCUGGAUAUACAACCUCCAACAGGAGUUCAUAUCACGACGGGUACAACACUCUUCCCAAUAGGGCAUCAUACUUCAGCACUGAGACUGUCAUUCACGUGCCCUCAGAAUCAAAGUCGUGCACAAGUACUUUGGAUCGUAAAAAGAAAAAACCUCCGCCUCCACCAAAGAGAACAGUCACACUUCAGAGGUCUCUGUCCUUCACACCGCAGUCCAAGUCCAGCCCUGAUCUAAGUGGGAUAUCAAAGCUGGACAGUGGUCGCGGUACCCCAUCUAGAUCAAGAACCAGCAGUCAGGGAAGCAAGGGCAGUGGCAGCAGUAAGGGAGACCUUCGUGGAAAACCAAACAGACCCCCUCCCCCUCCCCCCAGCAUCAAAGCUGCUGUAACAGAGUUUUGGCAGAAGAAGAAGGAGAAUGAGCAGAUCAAUGGUGACACACAUGCAGAAAGUGAGAGACGAAGAAGCACAUGUAGCGAGAGUAGCGGCAGUGCCAAAAGUUCUGAGGGUAAGGAAGAGGGAGCUGGUUCUUCCUCAGUCGUCGAGAAGGGUGGCGUCAAAUCCUCGGCCUCAGAACCGAAAGACAUUAAGUCGGCCAUUCAAAGCUUCUGGAAGAAGAAGAGGGAGAGAAAUAAAACAGUAGGAGGAAGAGUUAGUACUAAUGGAGAAGGUUUUACCUUCGGCAAGGGUGACAUUUCAAAGAGCCCGUUGGUAAAUGGUAUAAAGGAGGAGACAACUACAUCAAGGAGGGAGAGUUCAGGCAGUGUGAGCGCAGAGGAGAGGUCAUUCCCGAGACCGUUCGGUACAUCGGACCAAAAGAGGCAUGUGAACAUGUAUUCACUCUGCCAGAUCACACCCAGUCAGAGCGAGGCAAGCAGUGUUAAUGGUGAGGACUCUCCAGUGUUCAUGAGGAGUAGGUCGCACACUCCCCUGUUUGGUUCUAUGAGUGGCAGGAGUCGAGCGUCGUCCAGAUCAGAAGCUGAGAUCAGUGAAGAUGACAGCACCUCGAUGGACAGGACAACCUCUUUCAGAACAUUUAGCAUUGACAUUGGCGAGGGGGCACAGUCGGUACCUCCAGCACAGAGCUACACAACGUUUGCCAGUAACGUGUCUGAUAUGCGGCAGUCCUUCACAUUCCACGAUUUCCAGGCUGGUAAUACUGAAGAUCAGGGACCACCAGUUGAGCCGGUAGCAGCAAAACCCAGCUCAGAACCAAGCCCACCUAGACCAGCAGAUCUCCCAGUUGUAACCACUCACCCCAAACAGCAGAUUGCACAAAAUGAGAACAAACAGAGCUUACCAGCCUCACAGAGUAUAGCAGGAAAGACGACAGUGGAGACAAAAGCACAGAGUAAAGCACAUGUACACGUCACUGUGGACAAUACCCCACACGCAACAGUUCACAAUGGUACGGUUCUCACUGUACCCUACCCAAGUAGUAAGCACUAUGCUACCGUGCCAACACCACCUGCUCCUGUCGUGCCCCAGUCCAAACCAGCAGCUCCUCAGUCCAUGGUGAUGGAAACAGACCUUGAUGCCGUGCCUUUCCCACCAAAAGUCACACGCAUCGUGAGUAGCCCCGUUGUCACUGUUCCCCCACAAACGAUAACAUCUACAACUGUGCCAGACCUGCGUAGGCCGCCACCGGUCCCUACCAAGCCACCUGCUGCAGCGAUACCUUCCUCAGGACUUAGUAACGUGGCAGAAAGGCCAGCCAGACCAAGGAGCUUUCCAGAAACUGCUGUCAACAGCCUGCUUUCUAUUGACACAAAACAGGGUACAACAACGAAGAAGCCUCCUCCUCCAGUCUCCCCCAAACCAAAGGGACCAAUGUUUCAGAGGCAGAAAGGGCCGCCACCAACAGCGCCCAAGCCGUCACCCAAAAGAGAUGUCCGACCAAAGAGUCUCAUGAUCGACACACGACCAAAACCUCAAACCAUUGCAACCCCUUCUGCAGAUGUCCGACCAAAAACUCCGACAAGUGCUACGUUUAGAACACCAACCACACCGCUCGAGAACAAGAGCCCGACAGCAAAAGUGCUUCUUGACUCAAAUCCGCCAAGAUCACCCAAUACCCUUGUGGAAAACAGGAGCCCAACAACUAAAGCUUAUGUAGAUUUGACUUUCAUGGAAACUCCAGUGGUGAAUGGGGAACAUCCUGCUGUUGUUAGAAACGGUGGAGCGUCGCACAGGACAGCAGAGGUUGGAGACAGGGGUCCAGACGAAGUGACAGCCAAAAGCCCGACAAUGAAGACAACAGACGACCUGUUCGCUGUUAUUCAUCAGGCUAAGAAAAGGUUGACAAUCCAUGUGGACCCAGAGGAUGGAGGUCGAAGGGCGAGAUCAGCGUCGCCUGCCCCAAGGGCUGUAAACAGGACUGACACGAGGAAGCCAAGUGCACCUCAAGCAUCUGAACCAACACCAAGACCGAAGUCUCGGCUUGGUCCAAAGAACUCCACAAGUAGGGAAGAUUUCAAGGCUCUGCUGCUGAAGAAUGGAAUGAGGCUGGACCCGUCGUCCAGGAUGUCUGCUGCGGAGAAGCUAAGGAAGAACCCCAUGCUUACACGACAACGUUCACCAAACGACGAUGCAUCCUCCACAUGCAGUAGUGUGGAUGAUCUCACUGAUGACUAUGAAAUGGAAAGAGGCGGGAUGGCAACGAUGAAGGAUUUGAAAUCAGUGAUGUCAAACACUCGUAGUCAUUCGAGGACCAGUGACUUAGGUCUCUUCAGUAAUGCUGACCUACUGAGCCCAACUGGGACUGUGAAAAGAAACCCUAAAGCUUGUUCCACUCCAAAGAGUCCUUCUUACGCCAUGGUAACUCGCUACACUGUGGGAAGGAGUCGAACGCCGAGCGAGCCCAUGCACGCGAUAUCGGAAGCACCAGACGAAGCCGGUUCUCCAGAAUACAAGACGAGAUCCAAAUCGUUCUCGGGACUGAUUGAUUCCGAAUCUCCACGCGGGAGACUGAUGGAAUCUAUACGCAGUGUCGGAGACAUUGACAAGGACAGAGAUAGGACAGAAGCGAUAAGCACGUUAGAAAGAAAAGGUUCGACGUCGGGAAGCUCCUUGGAUGAGAGUCCAAACUCGUCCAUGCAUACUGCAUUGCUGGAACAUGUCAGGAACUCUAUGAGAGUCUUUCCGGAUGGGAAUUCACAGGAGGAUGUGGCUUCAAAUGCUGGGGACUGGGACUAGCUGGUGUUAAUAUUACAGGUUUGCAGCCAGCUGACUGGCAUGCUGUGGCCUGUCCCUUGUGCUGAUCUGCCUUCUCCACCACCAACACUGUACACGACCAGGCAGACAAACUGGCCAGGUGACUUCGACUGCACUGCUACAGUCUGGCAGGGAAACCACACAAGCACCUGAAGAACUCAUAUCUGUGUCCAACUUGUAACCAUUUAACCAUUACUCUGCUAAGAGUGUACUCAUGCACCAUGUUAGUAUUGGUUACUGCAGGUUAAAGCAGGAAAAGGGUUAAAAACUGAAGAAAUGGAAGGCAGCGCACUUUUCUUAUCCCUCUUCCUGCUUCAGUUUAUUGUAUUAGCCCUACCAAUGUUAGGGUCAGUUGUGAAGUUUAAAAUACUCUCAAACCUCUUGUCAUUUUUGACGAAAAAUUCUUGCCCCUUUUUACCUUUUAAGAUGGAAUAUCCCUUAAAUGUCAGCUGGAAAUUUAUUUAAAAGCUGUUUUAAGAAGUAUUUGUAUGGAGCCUGUUUUUCUCUGGAGAAAUAUGUCCCUUUGGAGGGGUGUGCUUUUAGCUGCAUUAGUGUGUAGCAUGCAAGGUGGAUUACAAUCCAUCUCUUUGUAAAUUGUACUUAAUCUUCAUCUAUGUGGAGUACUUGGUAUGCAUAUUGUGUUUAUGAGCUAUCUAUGUGCAUACUUUUUAUAAGACUUUGUGAAUGUUUGAACUAUGGUGUACCAAUACUUCUAAACUGUUUGGUACAAAAAAUACUGUGUGGGUGUAUGUUGUGGUGAAUAGUGAAGUUUGCAAAUGUUUAUAAUAUCUGGCAGUACAGUGUUUGAGUCUCAAGUUUUAAAUUGCAUCUCAAGUUUUAACUUUAACAUUUAACUGAGCGUGGACAUAUAACUGUUAAUGGAACUAUGUCCUAUGAUGUUUAUACUAUCCCUUCUGACAAAUAUGAUGUUAUUGGUGCUAUUGUAAGAAGAAAUAACUGCCAACAGGUCAUUUGUGAGUUGAUGCGACACUGUACUUAAAUAGUCUAUUGUUGAAUUUUUAAAGCUUAAAUCAGGCCAAAGUACAACUCGAUAGAUGGUGAUAUUUGUGUGUACUUGCUUGCUGUGUUGUUGCAUUACAUUUUGUACUUAAACUAAAACCAAUCAUUGCAUUAAGUGAGAAAUAGACAUACACAUAACAGUAUGUCAGUCUUGUACCAUGUACUUGUAGAAUACGAAAUGUGUUGUAAAAGUUGUACAGCUUUUUCCUGUAGAAUAACUUCACAUGGAAGAUGGUGACUAAGUAAAUGAGUAGAAUUGACAUUGUAAAUCUUAAUAAGGUAGUACUGUCAAUGCUAUUUUUGUAGACAAAUAGUGUAUGUGUGAACCCGAACAAGACAAAACAUUCAGGGCACUUACAUGUAUGUUUAUGACUUUCCAGUGCCUUAAGCUGUUUUAACUGUGAGUGUAAAGGGGUGCAUGGGUUGCCAGCAGGGUUUAAAGUCAAUGAAAAUUUUAACUUGCAAGAAAUGUGUUUGAAUAGACAUGGUAUGUGACAACCUAGCUCCCCCUGUCUGUGCACUUCUGCAGUGCAGGUUCACAUUAGUCAGUGUCUCUGUUGUGGAGAAUAUGGCCCAGCACAACAAAACAUGUACUUUUCUGGACAAAGUGUGGAAAUUGCUCACAUGUGAAAGGAAAAUAUUGAAAAUGUGAGCAAAGUGAGCAAGGAUAUUUUCUGUACAUAGUAACAUCUAGCUGCUACUUAGAAUUAGUUUGCUUGAUACAAAAUGCCAGAAGACAAACUGUGUCCAAAGUCUGAGAGGUUUGGAAAGAUGUUUGUUAUGAUACUUGCCUAAGUAUUCCCCUUACAACAGGAUGGAAUAGUCGAAACUUUGGUAUAAUCAUUGCAGAAUGCAUGGAUCAUCCCACUUAAGUGUAGGGAUAACGUUCAACAAUAAUUGAUCAUGUAUGUUGUACUUUUUAUUCCUCCUAUUUUAUGUACAGGAGUAUUGAGCUGUUUGUAAGUUAUCUUAUCAAUUAUGUGCACUUAUAUUGAAUUUGCUCAUAUUUCGAAUAUCGAAUUUGCUGAUAUUUCGAUUUGCAGUUAAAUCACAAAGUUCUUGACGUGUUGGUAGAGUAUAUUUAGUUGUAAGCCUCAAUACUCUAAAAACCUACAAUGUGUUUUAUCACGGUUUAUCACUUAUGUACUUACAUACCGCAUUUUGCUUAAUUGUACAUAGUUUAAGUUUGAUGUAAUGUACAGAAUGUUCGUGCACUUCUUGCUGUUGUUUUAGUUGUUAUGAAUGAAGCUUGGUAGACAGUGUAAGGUCCUGUGUUCAAUAGGAGAGAUGUGGACAUAGAUUGCUGUAGAUGUGUGCUUUACGAAGGCUGGGCCGGUAAAGCGGUGCCAUCUCUCUGUACCUUUCCUCCCUUGACUGUGUAAAACUUCAAUACCUGAGCACGAGAGUUUUCGAGAGAAUAUAUUUUACUACUUGAGGCUUGAAA